CCUCGCCAAUCUCGGUGACUCUCAGUUAACAAGCCAGGGGCAGCUAGGGAUAUGUUGGUGGUGUUGGUUUUUGAUAACACCACCAAGUCUCCUGAUAGUAGCUCUUGCAAGCAGCAGGUGUGAUAAGCUAUCGGUUGCAUAAUUUGUACCACCUUCCCCUCCUGCUGCUGCUACUCCUCCUCCUCCUCCACUUACCAGUCGUCCAGAUUACCAGUCGUAAGAUAAGCUAUAAAUGACUCAGCCGGAACGGCGCGGAAGUGAUCGAGUUUGACAGAUCGAUAACAACAGCCACCCGGAGAACUCAGGGGAGGGGGGGGGGCAUGGUUGGCGAAUUUCCCAACCGCCACCCCAUUCGAACAGCUGUUGCGUGCUGAUAGGAAGCGGCACGGACAUUCCCUGAUGUCUGAUACCGAGGUACAACGUGGCGGACUCGGUGCAUCUUCCAAGCGCCCGAGCGUCACCAAAAGGAAGCCCUCGGGUGUACCGAUAGCUGAUUAGUAGUAAUCGGGCAAGUAUGUGUGUGUGUGUGUGUUUGUCCUCGAGUGUAUGUGUGUGAGGUGAUAGGGUGUUGCGGGGACGCGCGAAAGGGAAAAACGCGCGCCCGCGUGCACUGAUAAGAUAAAAUUUUAAUUUACAAACUAAUUUGAUAGUACCCGGGGCGGGCGGGCGCGCGCGCGCUCGCGCUCAAUUCAACCAGUUAUCAACGGGGGGCAACCAGUUUUGUCGGCCGGCGGCCGUUGUGCAGUUCAGUCUUGUGCCGUUCGCAGAAACGGCCGGAGCCCAGCCACCGGUGGCGAGCUAGAAAACGCGGAAAACAUUCGGAACUCUCCUUCCUUCCAGGAGAUUAGUGCAACUUCCGCUAACAAGGCGCAACCAACGGGUCCAACACCCAGAGCCGUCCGCGCAAUGGCGACCGUGAAGGAUAGUGCGGUGAUCGUGCGCCGGACGCAGCGGGACGAUCUGCCGGAAGUGAUCGCUAUGAUACAGGAGCUGGCUGACUUUGAGAAGAUGCCGGACGGACCGCAGCUUACCGUGGACGAUCUGAUACGGGACGGUGGAUUCGACGGGCGGCAAUCAGUCGAUGGUGAUGGUGGUGCCCCAGUGUUUCAUAGUUUUGUGCUCGAAGCUACUGCCGCUGCCGAUGCAGACGACCCGGACGGCCCGGCUAAUCAGGAACAGCUACAAACGUCAAUGCGGUGCCCGGCCAGCAAGCCAGCAAGACCUCUAACCCGCAAGCUGAUCGGAUACGCCAUCUGCUACUACUCGUACUCGACCUGGCAAGGAAAGUCGCUCGCACUGGAAGACAUCUAUAUCCGGCCGGCCUACCGGGGCAACGGGUAUGGGGAGCUGUUCUUCCGUGCCCUGGCCAAGCAUGCAAAGGAAAGCCGCUGCUCCAGGGUGGAUUUCCACGUGCUCAACUGGAACCCGGCCACCAAGUUUUAUCGUCGUAUGGGUGCGCUGGAUUUAACCGAAACCGAGAGUUGGCACUUUUAUCGGUUGCAAAAGGACGCGAUCGAUCGGCUGCUGGCAGAUGAUCGGCAGUAGGAAAGAAGGGAUCGGCUUUGCAUAGGAAACAAGUGUCAAGUAUUAUCGAGAAAUAGCAGGGCAGAACGGAGAUGACCCGUUUGGUGUAAUGGUGAACGCGCCGGUUUCAGAGAAAACUCUUCCAUAGUUCGAUUCCCAUCCAGGACGAAAAGACUUUAUAAUUAUUCGGUCUUUGUAUUGUAAUUAAGAUCUAGCAGAGACCUUUACUGUAAAGGCGUCUGGGAUGGACAUGUGAUCAGAGUAAUUAUUACGGAUAUCGUUACGCUCAAAGAAGAAAAAGAAAAAACCGGAUAUUCUAAGUAAA